CUCUGACGCGGCUCCUGCGAGAACAGCUCAACAAAAUUGCUGAGAUGUACCUGGGCAAUCCAAGUGCGUCCUCGACAACACCCUCAGCCUCUUCCACACCAAACGCAAACACCCCUGGAGGGUCCUUGUCGUCCUCUAGCACAGUGUCAUCUUCUUUGCCUUCAACAACACAACCGCCCCAGUCAUCACCCCAUAAUCAAGGACUCUCAGGAUCAGGGAGUGGAAUGCCAGGAACCGGGGCACAAGGGCAGACUACCCAGGCCCAGCUUAUGCACUGUCUGCGCAAUUGGAACUACUGCCUCCAGUUGGCGCAUUUCAUGUACCAGGAAGGAUUACUGGAUAGACAGGAACUCCUAGAGUGGGUUGUGGAAGCAUUUGUGCGAUGGCGCAACAGCGAACAUGACGUCAUCCUGAGAGUCGUCUUACCUUUGCCACUACAGUACCUGGAUGAGAUCACACAGUCUGAGUAUCUCUCGCGAAAAUUGGCUCACUAUUCCUCUGCCAAACUAGCGCAGUUGUGCCACGAUUCGGGCUAUUCCUCGCCAAGACCACAGUCUCCUGUUAAUCAGCCUAGCAAUGGGGUUGGCGUGGGAGUGCCAGGGUCAGGAAGCAGUCAGCCAGCGGGCCCUCCCGUUAACCCCCUAGCAUCCACGUUCCAAGAGCUCCUGCUCUGCCACCAACACCGUCCCAUCAUUCUUGCUACAUCAUGUUUCAUACAGGCCAUAACAUUAGACUGUCCAACGGCACUUGUGUGGAACAAUGCCGGGGAAGGCAAGGCCACCUCUUGGCUUACAGGCUCUCCUCUGGACCUUCUCCCCUGCCCCCCCUCCGAUCUGCCUAUGCCUCCGAGAUACAACAAUCAGCAAGUCAGGGCCCAGCUGAGACUCAUGGAGGAACACAUUCGCCAGCGAAGCCGAGCAGCAGAGAACAGAUGGUCUCUGGACAAGUAUGCCGUCAAUGUUGCAGGUUCAACUAUUAACCGUGUGCUGGCAACUUUAGCAGCUCUUGACAGGCACUGUUUCGAUCGUGUCGACUCUAACAAUUCUCUGGACACUCUCUACACAAAGGUGUUUGGAUCCACUAAAGAGGCAAAUAACGAGAACCCCAGCAGCAAUAGCAGCAGUGGCAGCAAUGUGGCACCAGGCAAUAGUACAGGUAGUGGCACAUCCAACAGCAAUAACAGUGGCAUCAACAACGAAGAAGCCGUUGUACGUACGCUUUGUGAGUGGGCUGUGUCAGUACAGCGUUGUGGGGAACACCGAGCACUAGUGGUAGCUCGGUUGCUGGAAAAGAGACAAAACGCACUCACUUCUGCUGAGAGUGACUUACCAGAUGAGAAGGACUCUGUCACCUCUUCCCAGAUGGCAGCACCUGGUGGUUGUGUGUUCCAGAACCUUCUUCUAAAGUUCCUGGAUACACAGGCCCCCGUCCAUGAUGAAAAUGCCAUGUCAGUUCGAUCUCAGGAGUUUGGCAAUCUUGUACACCUGUUUUCGGAGCUGAUACGCCAAGACGUUUUUAGUCACGAUGCCUACAUGUGCACUUUGAUCUCACGAGGGGACCUGGCUGGGGGAGCACCAGACCUCAAGGCUGAUACAUCCUUUGGAGAGAAGAAAGAGGAUGGAACAGACAAUAUUGAUGAUGAUCUGGGCAAGAUCCUGCAGAAGAUUGCUGUCAACACAAGCUUAGAGGAGUCAGGAACAGGCGGACGGGGGGAGUUGGGAGUAGAGGGAAAGCCACGACAGCCGAGGCACCUUGUUUAUGCGCAACACUUCCCUCUGCCUCAGGACGAUGCCUACAUGCAUGAGAUUAAUCAGAGAUAUGUGUUGCUGUACGGAGUUGGCAAAGCCAGAGAUGAGGCGAGGGCUGCCAUCAAAAAGCUUACCAAAGAAAUCUGCAAAUUGUUUGGGAAAAAGUGUAGCAUUGAUAUUGCAGAAGGCGGCAAGGUCAAGAAAUCAUCAAGAGGUGAAUUCAGCUUCGAAAAUAUUAUGAGCAGGUUUUGUGCACACUCCUACUUUGAUCAACAUCACAUUACCAGUACAGUUGCAGCUCAGGUCCUGGAAAUGCUAUCAGGCUAUGGUUCAGGGAUGUCAAGCUACCUGCCAACACACGAGCACAUCGCAUUCCUGAUGGACCUCAUGGAAGUGGCGCUGAAUGUCCAUGGGCUCAUUGAACUGUGUAUUCAGAUAAUCAAAGAAGUCACAGAGAUCGAAGCACAGUUGGUAGAAAGGGGUUGCCUGGCGGGAUGGUACUGCCCUACCCUCCUGCUGUAUGUGGUUGGUGUGCUCAGGAAGUAUCACUGCUGUCUGUUAGUGUCCCAGGAGCAGACUUCAGCAGUGUUUGAAGGUCUGUGUCGCCUUGUCAAGGGAAACCCAGCAGACUGCACCUCAGCAGAACGUGUUGUCUUUGCCUAUUUGUAUGACCUUUAUGCAAACUGCUCAUUUUUAAAGUCAAAGCACCAUGAGCUUUUUGCCCCACUGUACCCCAAGAUUAAACAGUGCCUCUACGCUAGCAUCACUCCUGCACAAGGUACCGAUCCGUGGUCACUUCAGUUCAUGGAUGAAUACAUUAAGAAUCCAAAGUUAAAGGUAGACUCAAGCAUAUUAAAACAGCUAGCAGAUCCAGCCAACCGGUACAGCUUCGUUUGCAAUGCUAUUAUCGACGCUUGUUCACCUAACACGUCUAAUGAGAAGCUCAACGACAUGGCCAUUUUGUGUGCUGAGUUAACUGCCUCCUGCACAGCCUUAUCUGCAGAGUGGCUUGGAGUGCUAAAUGCGCUGUGCUGCUCGUCGAAGGAGAGCCCGGGGUACAUUGAUGUACUAACGCAAGUGGGUCUCCGUGACCCCCUAGCUGCCCCAACCAUCCACAGCUCACUUGCUGUCUUCACUGCUAUCCUCAUUGCACGACACUGCUUUACUCUUCCUGACUUCCUAAAGUGUGUUGUUCUGCCCUCCCUCAUGGAGGCUUGGAAUACAGAUGCCCUGAAUAAGCUUAUCGCUGACAAUAACCGCCCACCUCACACUGAUAUGGAAUGGAGUGCUUAUGGAUGCAAUACAAGAGAUGACCUUGACAAUAUAUUUAACUCUUUUGAUGGAAGACAUUUUAAUAUUUCGGGAACAUUCCUCGGAGGUGAGGGCAACCCCGAUGCAGAACCUGGUGCUCGACUCACCUGCCACCUUCUCCUGAGGAUCUUCAAGAGUGUUGACACACCUCAGCCCUCACAGUACUCUGCUGGAUCUUCUCAAAGUGUCACAGCUGGCAUGUCACAACGCAGCAUACGACUCAGCUGUGAUAGGCAUCUGCUAGCAGCUGCACACACUGCCAUUACACUCAGCCCCGUUCUUGCAGUCCUGAAGGCCAUGCUAAUUGUAAGUGAUGUGCUGAGUGGUCAGAGCAAAAGCCAGGCAUCCAUAUCUGACAUUCUGGGAACCUCUGACAUAGGCAGUGGUUCCAAUGACUCUGACAUGAUGGGGAAAGAUGCAGACAAGGCGAGCUUAGCAGACUUCGCUCGUUAUGCUCUCAGGCAGAUCUGCUCGCAGGAAUGGGUUAGGGAACGUUGCCUCAAGAUCCCGGAGGAGCUGUGUAGUCCAGAGAACCUCCUUGAUAGCACACUAACCCCAAAGCAGGCACAACGUCUCUUACAUCACAUCUGCCACCCAGACUCUCCUAACAUGCACAAUGACACAUCCCAGGACCAGCGUACUUGUAUCUCCAAUAUUUUACAGGACCUUGAUGAGUGGACCUUGCGCAUAUCAUGGCUGGAUUUGCACCUGAUGUAUGAGCAGCAGAAGUCCAACCCACAAGAACUGAAUGCCUGGCUGGAUAAUGUGGCCCAGGCUGCCAUUGAGGUGUUCCACUUGAACCACGACCAGAAUCAGUCCUCCUUGUCUCACUCACUCUCAGGACACAGGAAUCCAAAGCCUCAGUCUAUAUCCUUGGUUGCUCCACUCAUCUCGAAGCUUCCUAAAGUUCAGGGUCGUGUGCUCAAAGUUGCAGGACAAGUACUAGAGUCUGUGAACUUUGGUGCAUAUUCUGGAAACUCCAAGCCAGCAGACGAUGAAGCCACAACAGCUGAUGGGCCUGUGUCAAGCCCUCCUCCAAGCCACAGCCAGCCAAGCAGUGUCAGCAGCAGCAAUGGCAUGGAGAACCCACCAGGAGGAAGGUCCUUAGGGCACUGGCCUCUUGCUUCCCACAGGCCCUUCCUACAGCUGGUCCUAAUGUGCCUUGACGGCCAGGAUGAUCAGCUGUCUGACUUGCUAGAAUCUCUGAGAACCCAACUCAUGCAGUCUCUCUUUUCACCAAAGGAGGAGAAGCCUGGGCCACUUCAGGUGACAUUCCCCGAGGAUGGACGCAGUCGUCAGCUGAUGCUGGAGGCCCUGAGUCUCCGCUUUGCCCUUGUAGGAGGCCUCUUUGACGUAAUCACAUCCUCAUACUCAAAUUCCAUUAUCACCGAAUGGGCUCUCCUCCUGGUCAAUCUCAUCAUAUUUGGAGUUAUCGAUCUGACUAAUAAUAGCGAGUUGUUCAAUACAGUACUGGACAUGCUGGCAACCCUCAUCCAUUCCACAUUAAUGUCAGAUGCACAGUCUGACUCCCGGGAGGAGAACAGGCGCCAUUAUUACAACCUUGUCAAAAAGAUCAAGAAGGAAAUAGGCGAACGCAACAAUGUGUCAUUGCGAUUGGUUAGACAGCUGAUCCCAUUGCCGAAACUACAGGCUGAAGUGAUCACACUUGAGCCCUGGGGUUCUGUCACAGAUACAAAGGGCAACCGACUCCAAGAGUUUGACAAGGACAAGAAACAUGGUCUUCAAGCAGCAGAAAAACAGAAGCUGAGUCCAUGGGAUCUCCUUGAUGGCCACCGCAACCCUGCACCACUCUCUUGGGCUUGGUUCGGUGCCACACGGCUCGAGAGGAAACCUCUUAAGUAUGAAGAGGCUCACAGGCUGUUGAGGUUCCACACACACUCUAUGAAGAAGCCCCUUGCAUAUUACCUGGAGCCCCCACCCCUCCCUCAGGAGGCGCUUGAACCAGUACCUGAUAAGCAGCAGGUGAAAGAAGAGGUAAAGGCACCCGACACGCCGACCUCCUCCGACCAGUCUCCCCGUGGUGUGGCCAAGCGAGGCGGCAAGACCCAGCGGAACAGACGACGCCAACCCAGACAGGUUGCCAGUGUCACCAACAUGGCUAGUUCAACUAUGCAGGCAAUGCCCUACCAGAGCCCAGGGUUUAGUGGACCAGCACCCAACCAGUGGGGGUCAGGCUUUGGCCAGCAACAGCCUCCUCAGCAGCAGCAGCCAUUCUACUCUCAGCAACCUUUGCCUCCAGAAAAUUGGACAAAUACAAGCAAUCACACACUUAGAAAUAAUGUGGCCAGUAAAGAUGAUGGCAAAGCAGCUGUGAAGAAAGGGUCAGACUAUGACCUUAGCAUUAGUAAAUCGUGUAGCCAUGACUCAUCAGAAGCAGGUGGAACAAGGUUCCAGUCUGCCAUAUCCAACAGCCGAGUGGCCAUCCGCAACAUGCUGGGGCAGCGGCAAGUGAGUGGACCUCCCACCAUGAUGCCAGGGCAGCCCACUGGUCAGGCCUUCAACAAUAUGCCUGGGGGACCCAUGGGUGCCAUGGCUCGUCAGGGACCCAUGAUGAGACCAGGACUGCGAGCAAGCCUGCAAGGGCCCCAACAGGGGCCAAUGUAUGGAGCAGGAGGAGGAAUCCAAGGUGGGCCCAUGCCCCAGGGUAUGCCAGGCCAAGGGGGCCAGAUGUACUCUGCCAUGGGUGCUGCAGGAGGACCCCCUGGUGGGCCCACAGGACCGGGACAGGCAGGCAUGUCCCAAUACAGCUCCUACCAGCAGGGUCCCAUUGCCAGUGGGCAAAUGAUGAACCAGGGUCCAGGUGGAGCUAAUGUUCCCACUGGUCCUGGUGGCCCCACAGGAAACAUGAUGGGGCAGGGAUACCAACCUGGGUAUCAAGCCAAUCCUGCCAUGAUGGGUAUUCGGCAGCAGCAGCCAGGUGGCUAUAUCGGGCAAGGCAUGACGCAGUCACAGAUUGUCCAACGUCCUCAGUACAUACAGGGUCCAGGUGGCAAUGGCAGUAUGGGCAUGAUUGGCAGUGGUCAAGGGUAUGCCAGACCAGGCAUGCAGCCCAUGGGUCAAACCAUGGGGCCAGGGGCACAGUCAAUGGGCCCGGGCCAAACUAUGGGUCCUGGACAGUCCAUGGGCCCAGGUCAAUCCAUGGGCCCAGGGGGACAGAGCAUCAGUGGCCAAGGAAUGGGGCCUGGAGGACACCCCAUGGCACAGGGCAAUGCCUCCAUGAUCCGCCAGAGAAUGAUGAUGCAAGGAGGACCCACCAAUGAAGGUCAGACAGGGCCCGGAGGACCAGGACAGGGAGGAACACUACUCUCACACCUCCAGAGACCAAUGGGAGGGGUACAGCAGCAGCAGCAGCAACAGCAGCAGCAACAACAGCAGCAACAGCAACAGCAACAACAGCAGCAACAACAGCAGCAACAGCAACAAAUGCUACAUCCAAGUUCCCAAGGAAUGGGAUACCCUCAGCCUCCUCCUUACUAGAAGCUAGCAGCAAUGUAAAAUUGUUCAAAAUGGUUCAGUUGGACUUUUUAGCAUGGUGACCAUAUGUGACAUUGGUUAUUUUCAUUGUCUAGGCAUAAAAUGUGUUUUUAUAUAUAUUUUUAUUAUUGACACUGUGUUGCUAAGAGCAACAUGGUCUUGGUCUUAACUCGCAUGAUAUAUCUAAUUUUUUAAAUAGGGAAGACUGUAGGCUCUUGCACAGCCUGCCAUUGUGAGAUGAGAUGAAUACUCUCUAACUUGGACUGGUAUUGAACAAUAUACUGGACUGGCAUUCUUGAUUAUUUAUUUUCAGUCUUUUGAAUUCCCUUUCUUAAUUUCAACUUUUUGAUUCCUGACUUUUCUAUUUGUAUAUUUUUGUAUGUUUCAUAUUUUUUUAAUUUGCAAAAAAUAUUAGAAAUAAUAAAUCUUCUUAAUCAUCUUAGUUCCUGAAACCAGUGUCUUUAAGUGAUUGAGCUUACCCCCUGUGGCUUUUUAAUGUGCUAUUACUGAUAUUCAGGAUGAUUGCCAGUGUAUGUUGUUUUAAAACUUCUGAUUUGACAUUUUGGGCAUUUCGAUUUAUACAUGUUGGAUUUCAAGAGUUGGGAGUUACAUGGAUUAUAAGUACAAAUGAUAUUAUUUGCCCAGUGACAUAAAACUGCAACUCUCACAUUGGUUGCGCUGGGAGUUUGUUUUUGACUGGAUAUGCUGAUUUAUUUUGUUGACGUGAGUUUGAUUCAGAAGUCACGGAAGUUGAAAACAUUCUGAAUAUACAAGAUUUUAAAGCUGGAAAGCCAACUGUAAUAUGUAUAUGUUUUGGACUUUCACUCCAUUCGUAUACUUUAUGUUUGGAUGUACAAACAAAGUGUCUCCUAUUUGAUAAUUAGAUUGAGCAGGGUAGAGAGCAGUAAGUUUAAUGUAAUAACUGUAUAUUUUGAGUCAUUUAUAAUAGAUGACAUGACAUUUCUUUAGAUCCUGUUAAAAUAAUUCAGGGAUAUAGGUACCUGGCAGUAACAAGGUAUAUUUAUUUAAUAUACUUUUUCUUUUUUCCUUGAAUCUUGUGUCACAUACAGUUUCUAUGGCAACAGAUCCUGUGUAAACCUCAGGCUUAUAGGAGGAGUCUUGAUUUGCUCUGUGAAGCGUUUGCAGUUGCACCUAUUGGUUCGACUUAUUUGAUGCAGAAGGAAAGAUCUCAGUAUUAGAGUAAAUGAUAUAGGAGAUUGCAAUGGAAAUAUGGAUUCUUUUGUCUUUUAUCCUUCUCUGUCUCUCCUAUUUUAGUUUUUUGCACAACAUGAGGUGGAUAGUGCUUGAAAAGUGUGUUAAUUAUGAAAGAAAUGUUUUUCAAUUUAUUUAUAUCAAUAAAAGAGCAGUUGAUGUGUUCCUACUAUCACGAUUCUGUUACUUUUUAUUUAAAAUAAGGAAAUAAAUCAUUACAUUUACAAGA